GGGGAGGAUGAGCAGGAGUGGGCGGGGCCCGAGUUUGCCCCACCCAGAGUGUCUAGCCCUGCGGCUUAGCAGGCUGACCUGAGCCAGACGAGGAUGGCGACCUCUGUGCUGCGGCUGUGGCGUGCCGGCGGGCUGCUAAGGAGAAACUUCCCAGCUUGCUUGUCUUCUUGGAAAAGCCCUCCUCGCGUCCUAAAAUCCUCACAGCCAGAAGCUCUGCUUGGUGUAAGGAAUCAUGCACUGCCCUUCGCACCUCUACAGACACUUACUGAUGAGGAAAUGAUGAUGAAAGAAACAGUUAAGAAAUUUGCACAGGAACAAAUUGCUCCUUUGGUUUCAACUAUGGAUGAAAAUUCAAAAAUGGAUAAAUCGGUGAUACAAGGAUUAUUUCAACAAGGGCUGAUGGGCAUUGGAAUUGAUGAAAAAUAUGGAGGAACAGAAGCUUCCUUUUUCUGCACUGUCAUAGUGAUAGAGGAGCUAGCCAAAGUGGAUGCAUCCGUGGCUCUCAUGUGUGACAUCCAGAACACAAUAGUUAACAACCUGCUCAGAAAGCUCGGUACAGAAGAACAGAAGGCUACCUACUUUCCUAAACUGGCAACAGAAAAACUAGGGAGCUUCUGCCUUUCUGAAGCUGGAGCUGGUAGUGACCCUUUUUCUUUGAAAACAAGAGCUGAGAAAAAUGGAAGUGACUACAUCAUCAAUGGGUCAAAGAUGUGGAUUAGCAAUGCUGAACAUGCAGAGCUCUUCCUGGUUUUCGCAAAUGCAGACCCUGCCUCUGGAUACAAAGGCAUCACCUGCUUCUUAGUAGACCGAGACACAGAAGGUUUCCAUGUAGGAAAAAAGGAAAACAAGAUGGGCAUCAGAGCUUCUUCCACCUGCCAGUUAACAUUUGAAAAUGUCAAGGUUCCAGAAACCAAUGUUUUGGGAAAAGUUGGACAUGGUUAUAAAUAUGCCAUAGGAAGUCUUAAUGAAGGUAGAAUAGGAAUUGCAGCACAGAUGCUAGGACUGGCCCAAGGAUGUUUUGACUACACCGUUCCAUACAUUAAAGAAAGGACUCAGUUCGGCAAACGAGUAUUUGAUUUUCAGGGGCUCCAACACCAAGUGGCUCAGGUGGCCACCCAACUGGAAGCCGCACGGUUACUAACGUACAAUGCUGCCAGGCUCCUGGAAGCCGGAAGGCCCUUUAUUAAAGAAGCAUCUAUGGCCAAAUAUUAUGCAUCAGAGAUUGCUGGACUAACAACAAGUAAGUGCAUUGAGUGGAUGGGAGGAGUCGGCUACACCAAAGAUUACCCUGUGGAGAAAUACUUCCGAGAUGCAAAGAUUGGUACAAUAUAUGAAGGAACCUCCAACAUCCAGCUGAACACCAUUGCAAAGCACAUUGAUGCAGAAUACUGACGCCUGUAGGACCGGGCCCCUCUCUGGUGUCAAUGACACCAUUUCCAGCUGUUGUGCCUUAUCCGGCAGAGCCUGCAGUGUUUUAUAUGAAGCCCCUUGUCCUGGUUUUCAGGCCUGGCUUUUGUUCCGUUCUCUUUCCAGUCUACUCUCAAACUAUCUCUAAGCUUCUGCACACAUUUCUACUUCUCCUCCUAGUUUCUGAGUACACAAAACUUUCACUGUACCAGCAUCUGCAAAGAUGAACACAUUUCUAAUAUUGGUGUUGCUGACAGAAAUGAUCACUUUAUAUUCCUACCAAAUCUCUGUGCUGUGGCAUGAGCCAGAGGAGCAUCUGUUACAGUGGGCAGUUUUUACUCAAUACUGUAUAGAUUCUGUGGUAAGUUGCCAAACAAGGUAGAAACGGAUAAAAUUUAUUUGGGAAAUCAAGAACUCCCAAUUCUAAUAUCAAAGAAAGAUUAGGAAAUAAAUAUGUAACUUGUAGGCCAUAUAGUUGACUACAACAACAAAAGCCCAAAAUAUUAUUUUAACCAAUAAAAGCAGUAUGUUUGGCUGCUAUAAUUGAUCUAUAUAAAAUAUGCAUUACAUGAUGCCUUUGACAGGUCAUUUAGAAACAUGUCCCUGUAUUAGUUUUCAACUAUAAAGUUUAAAUAAUUUGGCUUAAUCAUAUGAAAAUAUUCAGUUAUAAUAUUCAUUGGAUCAUCAAUAUAAUUUUUAAUAGUAUGAUUUAUUUCUGUCUUUUAAUUAUUUUUCCCCUCAAAUUUCGUUAUUGGACUUUAUCCUAAAUAGUAAUUAAUUGAGAAAUUAGAUUUUUGUUUUAGUGAUUGUCAAGAGAAAUAUUUUACCCCCAAAAGGAAAUAAUAUCACAGUCUCAUAAGGAAUGGAGAACAGGAGGCUAGAUAGUCUGAAAAGGCACAUUCAGUAUAAAUGUACAUAGUCAUUUAUAUAGUAUAUUAAAUAAUUUUAUAUUUGUGAAGAUCGAGAUCUAUAUUUUACAAUGCAAAUGACAAACAGGCAGUGUCUAAUCUAAUAUCCAGCUGGUGAAGCCAUCGAUGGGUGUCAGGAAUUUUUAGUUAGGAGAAGACCCUCUAGCUGCAGAUCCUGAGUCCUGGAGAGAGAAGUGGAAGUAGGUGAGGAAACACCACUGGUUAGAUGUGGGAAAUGCCCCAAGGCUCCUGCAGGCGCUGAAAAUAAUGCCUGCUGCUAAACAAAGUGUUCCAGUGCUUUUGCACAAGGAAAAUGUUUAUUAAGAAAACCUAACGUUUUCUAAGUAAUUUUGCUUUGCACAGUCAUGUUUAUUGAGCUAAAUUAAUUUCCACAAUGCAAAUCAUAGUUAAAUAUGCAAGGUUGUAUAAAUACAGUUGAGAUAGAAAUUCCAUUAAAACAUUAGGAAGAAACGGGACAAACUUAGACCUUGAAUCCAAAGAGAUAAAGUCUACUUGACUUUCAAAUGGGAAAAUGAUGAAAGCCCCUCAGCCAGUCUUUCAGAACAGAAAGAUUGGUCUGAUAAGAAAAGCAAGGGAUGGAUCCAGUGCCCUGACAGGGCUCAGGCAUCUUUAAUUUCUGUGAUUAUGUGGACUGACAGAUAAUGCAAUGGGAGUCAGUAUGGGUAAACAGAGUCUUGCCUUCUCUAGAAUGAGAAACACAUGGGCGUGUGAUAAAUACCAUGUUCCAACUCCCAGUACCAGAAACACUCAAUUACAUAUCUAGACUUUAAAUGUGUCCAUGAAGUUAAUUUUGUAUAUAUCUUUUACACAUGUUCACCAAGAAUAGUUAAUAGGCAUUAGCAAUUAGUAUAAUUAACAUACGAACUUGCCUUCCUCUGUUACUUGUAUUGUUUCACCAAAGAACAUGUCUUGGGGCCUACUCAUAUUUCUUCUGUUAUGAUUUUUCUUCUGAUUCCCCUGGCUUUGUAAUCUGUCAUGAAACUAUGUGCUUUGAGUUUGUAUCUGCUAGGGAACCUAAAGCUUUUUGUUAAUGUAAGGACUGUGAUCACAUGGACACAGGAGAUAAAGAUGCGACCUGGUGUGUACAGGUGGAACUGGUUGCCGAGUUUGCAUUGUUAGCGAUUUCACUUUACCCCAUGAAAAUCAAUUAAGGAAUCAAUGUCAGAGACUUGAUCGUGGAAGAUUAACCCUAGAAAGGCUGUAGACAACCAUAAAGGUAGCAUUGUCGAUUUAAAGUGAAGGACUCUUAACUAAGGUUGCUUUCUCAGAAUUCAGAUAGACUGACUCAAAUUCAGUCUUCUUCCCAUGACCAAGCACAGUCAUUGUUCAACAGAUCUUGGGGUUUCUCCUUGUUUUAUUUUGCUCUUGAUUUAUUUCAAGUUUAACUGAUAAAAAACGAACAUUUCAGUAGAAUGAUGGAUCGGUCACUUGCCAGAGGCCCUUGACCUGUAGCCGUGAUGUCAGCUCUGAAGAUGGCUGUGUGAGAUCAUUAGACAUCAUCAUUAUACUGCUUUGUUUUUUUAAAGAAAUACCCUGUGAGGUAUUUUUGCUGAUCUGUCAUAAAGUGAAAGUCCCAUCUUAAGAGUAUGUAUCAGAUCAUGUUCACUGUUACAAAUAAGUGUUCUAUGGGGAAUGAAAAGAUGAAGCUCUAAGUGAACUAGACAAUCUUGCUGCUCGGAUAAAGUUCAAUUGUCACACAGAGGAAGAACAAGUGUAGUCAUCCUGAAAGGCAGACACAACACCUGUGUCCACCAUGUCAAUAGCUCUCUUCUCGGGUAAGACAGUUUUGUUUGUUUUCAGAGAAGAGGUCCUGAAAUAGAGACCAAGUUUAAGUUCAUGAUGCUAAAAAAAUUGUUCUCUAGAGGACUCUUUGUUCUUUUUUCAUGACAGUGUAAGCAGCUCUUGAGGAGAGAGGCCUCUGCUUUUGAGCACCUUCUCCCAGCACAGAUAUCACCCAGGGGAUGUGUACGCCUGUGUGUUAAAGCAAUAGGUCUGUAAGUUUAUAAUCCUGCACUUGUUACUCAGGGACACACCACAGUACAGAGCCAUAGAGAUUUCAGCUUGUGUGUUCCUGAUUCCUACACUAGUUUCAAAAACCUAGACAUUGUAAAAGUUUUCACUCAGAAAUGUGUUUUUGUGACUGCUACAUCCAAGGUAUGGUUUCUGAACUACCAUUACACAGAUAAAUAGUCCCUUUUUUAAAAGGUGUGCCCAUCUAUCUCAGUGCCCCUUUGCUGUUUUUAUUCAUGUGUAUCCACAAAAAUAUCAAGCAGAAGAGUGCCAAUUUCAGUCCUAUGAAGAAGGAGAAGUUCUUUGAAAUACUAGCAAGCACAUCCCAACUGUCAUUCUACAGCCUUUUGUUUGGUUGGUUUUUGUUGUUGUUUUUGAAGACAGGGUCAUACUGUGUGGUUCUGGCUGUCCUAGAAUUCACUAAUGUCGACCAGGCUGGCCUCGAGAACUCUGUCUCCCGAAUGUUGGGAUGAAAGGCAUGCGUCACCAUGCCCGUGCCCAGCUCCAUCUAGUCUUGACACCUGCUAACAGCAAUCCAUGAGGGGCUGCUCAUGUAUCCUAUACUGAUAAAGAGACUGGAGCAUAGAGAGUUUAAAUAGUGUGUGUGUUGGUUUAUGACCAUAGCAGGAUUUGAGGGGAACCUGCUGAAGGCUCUCCUACUAGUCACUGAGGCGGUUCCUCUUCAGAGACUUCCCAGUAAAAUGCCACUACUAACUGUCCUUUCUUACCUAAUCAUUCUUCGCAGAAGAGAUUCAGAUCUGUUCAAGCUAAGAACAAAGGCUGCAAAAUUAAGUAAAUAAAUGUGGGUGUGUGGAUUUGGGAGACAGUGAGGAAGACCUGAGCCCUGUGGCUAAGUGGUAGCAUUUGCUUAGCACACAUGAGACACUGGAUUUUGAUCUCCAAUAAAGGUGUAGAUAAACAAGGUGACAGAAAGGCUGCAGUUAAAAAAGCAAAGGUUCUGAAAAGGACACAAGGAAACGCCAAACUGUUACCUCCUGGGUUUGGUACAAAUAGACUAUAUGCCAUGCUUGACUCUUGAACCGGAAGACCUUUUAAGGGGGUGGUCACCAAGAGCUAUCCCGAGGAGGCCAUGAUAAAAAGCCAAGUGCUAAUUACAGGGUGUGUGAAUUGCAGUUAUCUGUACAGAUAACUCACAGUAAAAGUCCAACUGUUGCAACUUCCUUAAAAACAAAAUCAUGGUAGGACUGAGGAUGUAGCUCAGUGGUAGAACGUUUGGUAUAUGCAAGGCUCUGGACUCCAUCCCCAGCACUGUGCGGGGAAAAGGGAGGAGGGAAAACAUGGUAAAUGGAAAAAAAAUAUAAUAAAAUGGGAAUAAUAGCACACAAGGUCCUAUUUAUAGAUGCAAGUGGGUUGAACUUACUUAUUAAAAGGUGUUCAGAUAGCCUGUUGUAGUGGUACACACCUUUCUUGGGAGUUCAAGGCUAGCCUGGUCUAGAGAGCGAGUUCCAGGACAGUCAGAGCUACACAGAGAAAUCUUGUCUUGGGAAAAAUAAAAGAGGUGUUUAGAUGAGGAGGCCAGAGAGAUGGGUUAGUAGUUAAGAGCGUUUGUUGCUCUUGCAGAGGACUCAGGUUUGGUUUCCAGCAUCCACAUGGCAGCUCACAAUCACUUGUACACCAGCUCCAGGGGAUCCAGUGCUCUCGCAUCCUCCUUUCACAGGCUUCAGACACAUAGCUGCAAGCAAAGCUCAUGCACAUAAUAAAUAAAUCUUCUUAAUCUUAUUCAGAUGAAGUAAAGGAAAAUUUUAAAUCCUAGGUACAUGGAAUGCCUAAAACAAGAAAAGCAAGUUAGAAUAUAUGGAAAAAGACUGCAAAUGCUAUAAAAAAAUAAUAACUUAAUAUCAAGCAAAACUGAGUUAAAAACAAAACUAAUUUUAAAGAAUAUCUCAUAAAAAGGAGGAGUUCACCAAGAAGAUCCAACAGCCAUGAGCCUUAUUAUCCCUAAAAUCAUAACUGGGAACUAUACAAAGCAAAACAAGUAGAAAUAAAUAUGAAUAACUGACAAAGCUGUAAUUAAUCAUGGGCAUGACUUAGAAAGCAAUAAGUGGGAGCUGGGAUGCAAACCUGUAAUCCCAGCACUGGAAAGGCUGAAGCAGGAGGAUUGCCAUGAGUAUGAGGCCAGACUACAUACAAGAGUGAAGGGGAGGAACAGAAGAAAAAAGAAAUUCCCAAAAGUCUCUAGUCUGAGAACCCAGGUGCCUGGUUUAAACUGAGUGAGUGAGAUAUGUUGUUGGUUGGUUUUUUUUAGUUUGUUUUGUUUUACUCUUUAUUCUUUUGGGGUGCCCGCCACCCAGCUCCCAAAUAAAUCACAGGCAGGCUUACUCUUUCUUAUGAAUGCCCAGCCUUAGCUUGGCUUAUUUCUAGCCAGCUUUUCUUAAAUUAUCCCAACUACCUUUUGCCUCUGGGCUUUUAGCUUUCUCUAUUUCUGUAUACCUUUCUUUCUCCAUGGCUGACUGGGUGACUGAGUGACUGACCCCUGUGUCCUCCUCUCCCUUUUUCUUGCUCCUCCCCUCAAGUUCUUUUCUUUUUGUUUAUCCUCUCUGCCUGCGAGCCCCACCUGUUCUUUCUCCUGCCUCGCUAUUGGCCGCUCAGCUCUUUAUUAGACCAAUCAGGUGUUUGAGACAGGCAAAGUAACACAACUUCACAGAGUUAAACAAAUGCAACAUAAAAGAAUGCAAUUCGUCUUUGUAUCAUUAAACAAAUGGUUCAUAGCAUAAACAAAUGUAACAUAUCUUAUAAUAAUAUUCCACAACAGAGAUAUGACUUG